UUCUCUCGAAAACAAUAAAGAUAGGAGGGAUUGGAACUAGAUACAAAUGCCUCCGGACCUGCUCGUCAUUGUGAUGGAAUGGCCAACUUGGAGUUGUUGUUACAGAAAUGCGACUCUCUCACCCACAUCAAACAGCUCCAAGCCCACCUCGUAACCAUUGGCCGAUUCCAACUCUACCCCUCCAUCACCAUCAAGCUCCUCGAGCUCUGUGCUCUUCCCCCCAUCGCCAAUCUCCCUUACGCCACAACCCUCUUCCACCAACUCCAAAGCCCUUCCACCAGGCACUGGAACGCCGUCGUUCGAGGCCUCGCUCAGAGCCUCCAACCCACCCAAGCCGUCACAUGGUACGCCACCAUGUCGCGCUCUUCCCAAAAGGUCGACGCGCUCACUUGCUCCUUCGCUCUCAAAGCGUGUGCACGCGCCUUGGCGUUGUCCGAGGCCAUGCAGAUUCACUCUCAGCUUCUGCGUUUCGGGUUUGGACGCGAUGUGUUGUUGCGAACUACUUUGCUUGAUGUGUACGCGAAAGUUGGGAAGCUGGGUUUUGCGCAGAAGGUGUUCGACGAAAUGCCCGAGAGGGAUAUAGCUUGUUGGAAUGCUUUGGUUGCUGGGUUGGCUCAGGGGAGUCAACCCAGUGAGGCUUUAGCUUUGUUUGAGAGAAUGACUGAGGAAGAGGGGUUAAAGCCCAAUGAAGUCACUGUCCUCGGUGCGCUCUCGGCGUGUUCUCAGUUGGGUGCAUUGAGAGGUGGAGAGAGAAUACAUACCUAUAUAGUGAAUGCCAAGCUUGAUACGCAUGUCAUUGUUUGCAAUGCGGUUAUUGAUAUGUAUGCAAAAUGCGGGUUCGUGGAUAGAGCAUAUGAGGUGUUUGAGAAUAUGAGAUGUGGGAAGAAUUUGAUAACUUGGAAUACGAUGAUAAUGGCAUUUGCUAUGCACGGCGAUGGUUGUAAAGCGCUUGAGCUUUUUGAGAAGAUGGGUAAAAAUGGAGUGUGCCCUGAUGCAGUGUCGUAUCUUGCUGCGUUGUGUGCGUGCAAUCAUGCAGGACUGGUGGAAGAUGGGGUUAAGUUAUUUAAUUCAAUGGCGGGAGGUGGGAUGGUGCCGAAUGUUAAGCAUUAUGGGACUGUGGUUGAUUUGUUGGGACGAGCUGGGCGACUUCAAGAGGCUUAUGAUAUUGUGAAAUCUAUGCCGAUGUUUCCUGAUGUAGUACUGUGGCAGACUUUGCUUGGUGCCAGCAAGACCUAUGGGAAUGUGGAAAUGGCAGAGAUGGCUUCACGGAACUUGGUUGAGUUGGGGUCUGAGGGUUGUGGUGAUUUCGUGUUGUUAUCAAAUGUUUAUGCGGCUCAUAAGAGAUGGGAUGAUGUAGGCAGGGUGAGGGAAGCCAUGAAGAGAAGGGAUGUGAAGAAGAUACCGGGUUUCGGUUACAUAGAAGUAGAAGGUGUGAUACACAAAUUUUUGAAUGGUGAUCAAAACCAUGUUAAUAGGCAUGAGAUUUAUUCAAAGCUAGAUGAGAUCAAUUGCAGGAUUAAAGCCUAUGGAUAUGUUGCAAAGACAAAUCAUGUGUUGCAUGAUAUUGGGGAGGAGGACAAAGAAAAUGCAUUGAGCUACCAUUGUGAGAAGUUGGCUGUGGCUUUUGGUUUGAUCAGCACUGAUGAGGGGACACCAAUUCAGGUGAUUAAGAACCUAAGAAUAUGUGAUGAUUGUCAUGUCGUGAUGAAACUUAUUUCAGAAAUAUAUAAUAGGGAAAUUAUUGUAAGGGAUCGAGCCCGGUUUCACAGAUUUCAAGAUGGACUUUGUUCUUGCAGAGAUUAUUGGUGACAUAGAUUUGUUCUAACAUAUAGCUAAACAGGGGAUGGGGUAUUUGGGAGAAUGAUUUCAGUUAGGUGUUCUGAACGGAAAUAGAUUGCAUCCAUAAACUAGAUCUCCUGUCAGCAUUUUCUCCUUCAGUAUCAAGUGAAGAGCAGACUUCUGGAGGUCGAAUCAACAAUUAGUGGUACAGUUUGUUUUGUUCAAGUACACAUAUUUCCUGGACCCGGGAGAAAUAGGUUAGGAAGGAUUUCAUUCAUUGUUUCUCCAGUGACCUGUCUACGGAUAUCUGCUACUAUUGUUAGACUCAUACUUGGGUUGGCAGAAUCCUGCUAUUAAAAAGUAGAGUUCCGAGUCUAUCUGUAGCUGAUCAUGUAGUGAUCAUACCAUGAUGUGUGCAAGUGCAGUGAAAUCAUUACUCAGCAUGAAUAGCUUGGUGUCGAUGUCCUGCAUCGUCACGGUUAUAUGGUAAAAGAGGAAAAUUGAACGGAUGAAAGCCUCUAUGAAGUUGUUAUUGGUCGUUAGUGAAACGUAAGGUUUUGAAGCCUCUCAGAGUCUCAGUUGUAGUUGGUUAAUAUAAGGUGAUUUGCAUGAAAGAAACUUGGCUUGGUGCAAAGAUAUGCUUAAAGGUUUUGAAGCCUCGCUGUUGUAGUUGGUUAAUAUAAGGUGAUUUGCAUGAAAGAAACUUGGCUUGGCGCAAAGAUAUGCAUAUGCAGUGUUACCUCUACCAUUUAACAGAGAAGAAAUUGAAGAGUUUCUUAACCUCAAGUAUACCAUUUAACAGAGAAGAAAUUGAAGAAUUUGUUGACCUAAAGACGACAAAGAUGCCUCCAAUGUAAACAUAUGGCACAUAUUGAUGUUCUUGACAUGUAAAAAGCGUCUCUCAUAUCAUUGCACUACCACAGAACAAACUGUUGGAUUACACAGCAAUCAACUUUGUAAAUUAGAGAUUGCUCCAUCAUUCAUAAGACGUUUUCUUUUAUUUUGUUUGCUAAAAGCUGCCAAAAGCACCAAUGAUA